AUGUCAAGAAAAGAAAUGUUAAAUAGAGAGUUAAUAUCUCAUAUGAUAGAAUUUGAGAAACAGUUAGAUGUAUUUAUUUAUGAUUUUCAUCACUUUAGUCAUCUUUUGAUAAAAUAAAUAAUUUAAUUGAUUAACUAUUCAUCAUCGAUACUCCAAUUUGUAAGUUUAGUAAUCCUAAAUUUGAAUAAUCUUCACCAAAAUUUGAUCAAUUCAAUUUAAUUGGUUUAAAUGAAUUUUAAUUAGACAUUCUUUAAGAAGUGAAACCAUUAAUUAAUUAAAAAAUCAAAGAUCAAGUUUAAUUCAAAUUAUUAUAACUUUAACAAAAUGAAUGUAUAUUGAUUUAAUAAUCAUCAUAAUAAAAAGAAAAACAACAAAUUAUUAAAUCUCCAUCUUCUUAAUUUAAUUUAAAACCAUUUACUUAUUAAAUAAUUUAACAUAAUUCAAUUUAGGAAUAGCAAUCGUGUCAUGUAAUUGAAAUUAAUAAAGAUUGCUCAAUUGUAGCAAUUGCUUGCUAAAUUUAAAUAAGAAUAUAUGAAUUCAAAUAAGGAAUCAUGAAAUAAAUACAAGUCUUCAAUUAAUCUAUUUAUCCUGUCUGCAAUUUAAAAUUCAUGAAAAAAUCAAAUGAAUUGAUAUCUGCAGAUGCUAUUGGAUCAAUUGUAAUUUGGUCUGGCAAUAAAAAUACAUAAUGGAAUUCCUUAUAAACAAUUAAAGGACAUAUCAGUUGCUUAAUUGUAAAUAAUAAUGAAGAUCUUUUUAUAACUAGUAGUCUUGAUAAAACUAUUAAGUUUUGGAUUAAAAAAAAUGAAUGGAUUUGGUAAUAAACAAUCACUGAUCAUAUUGAUAAUGUUUAUUCACUAAGUUUAAAUGAUUAAGAGGAUAAAGUUAUUUCUUGUGGAUUAGAUGGUAGAGUAUUAGUAAUUGAAUAUUAAUAUAAAAUAUAAAAGUUGAUUGUUUUGGAUAUCAAUUAAGCUUUAUAAACAAUAAUUUAUUCGCAUUUCAACCAAUGAAUGGAAAUUUGAUGUAUGUUUAUGAGAUGAAUAGUGUAAGUAAAUAGUUCACUAAAACUAAAGAUAUUAUUGUUAAUUCAUCUCAUGAUAAUUAUUAUACAUUAUUUCCAUCAUAAUUUAUUAAACAAAAAUAGAUAUUAGUGAUUAAACAUGGUGAAUAUGUCAAUUUUAUAAGAAAGACAGAAAAAGAUGAAUUUAAAGUUGAAUAAUCUAUUCACUUUUAUACUAAUAUUUUAUUUGGUAGAUUGAGUGAUGAUGGAGAGUAUUUAAUUACUUGGGAUGAUUCAUCUAAAGAGAUAUAAAUUAGGAAAUAUAAAGAAGAAUGA